UAUCCAGACCCAAGGACAAUCACUAUCUGCCGGACCUUUCCAACUGCAACACCUCUGCAGAUUCCUCCCUGAAGCAAGCAUAUUUGACAGCUGUGACUUCCUUUUGCUACUCUAAAAUACCGUUUCUAAAAUAACGUUCCAACUAUGUUGCAGUUGACUACAGAAUUCUAUCAUUUUUUAACAGAAGGAAGUUUUUUGACUAUCUUUCUGUUGGUUACUUUURCAAGUUUACUACUCUAUCUGAUCUUGGACGACAGACGAAUACUGCUAGAGAGAAAGUACCCUCCUCUACCAAGGCCCUGGAGCUUUCCMAUAGUCGGRAAUCUUCCGCAACUUGGCCAAUUCCCUCACAUAGCUUUAACAAAGUUUGGUAAGACGUUUGGUGAUGUUUUUGCUGUCCGCCUCGGUUCUUGGGAUGUUUUGGUGCUCAACAGUCUCAACGCUGCAAAGGAAGCAUUAUUUCAAAAUUCUGCGCACUUCUCAAGCCGUCCGCCAUUUUUUACCCUUCGUCUACAUAACAGCCAAGACUUCACAGUUGCYUUUGGUGACUACAAUUCUUCUCAGAUCGAACGGAAGAAAGCUCUUCUCCAAGCCUUUCACCGUGUCAUUCUCACAAACCCAGAGCAUCUGAACCGAAUGGUUUCGCAAGAAGCGUCCCGGUURAGCCACAUUCUGCGAAGCACUGGGCAGUCGCCUUUUGAUCCAAGAGCUUGUUUGAAGAUGGUUGUAAGUAGAAUGAUAUACAGGCUGACAUUUGGUGGAAGCGUUCGUUCUGAAGAGGAACAUGACUUGCACCAACUGUCGAAGACUUCGAGGGAGUUUCAAGAGUCCACAUUGGUUGUGCUUCUUGCUGACUUUAUGCCAUGGAUGAAAUUCGCUGUCAAAAGACAAAUGAAACAGUUAGAUGAUCUGGUUGGAGUUCUAGAAGGAUUUGUCCUCAAGGCUUACAGAAGACGAAAGCACCAAAAUAUACUCGAAAAAGAUGACUACUGCACGGCGAAGAACAUUGAAAACUACAUGAAAUCGUUGAAACGCCAAGAAAAAAUCGAAAGAUCUCAAAAAUCUCAACGUUCCACCCAGGGCAAAGCUAGCGAAAUGGAAGUGGAUGGUAAUGAAAGAAAAGAUGAACUAAAAGAUGAGUUUACAAGUGAAGAGGAAGAAGAAAUCGAGAUGAGGGUUGUGCAUAUGCUUAGCUCUGAUGCCUUUGGAGCAGGACUCGAGAACACUGCUAACCUGUUCUCGUGGUUUGUAGCCUAUAUAGCAAGCUACAAGGAGCUUCAGCAAGAACUACAUGCCGAGAUAGAUCGCGUCAUUGGCCUCGACGAACCGUGCGUGCAGCAUAAGCAAAGAAUGCCACUAAUGCAGGCUGCAAUACUUGAAACACUACGUCUAUCGUCUGUGAUCCCAAUGGGAAUCCCACACUACUGCAUACAAGACAGCGUUGUCAAGGGCUACCACGUUGCCAAGGGAACCAUUGUACUGACSAAUAUAUGGGGCAUCAAUCAYGAYGAUCGAUACUUCAGUCACCCAGAAUGCUUUGAGCCAUACCGCUUCCUAGAUGGCAAUGGUCAACUAAGGGCGGAUCGAUGCAGUCUAGUMAUACCWUUCAAUACWGGACCCAGGUCUUGCCCUGGGAAUGCGGUUACAAAGACUAUUCUGUUUUUACUGCUCUCGAGCUUGUUACAAAGGUUUGAGCUUCAAUCGGAAAAGAAUUUGAAUGAUUUGCAGGCUCUCCCUGGGCCAGUGCUGUCUCCAGAAUUCUUUGAAAUAGUGUUUCGUCCACGAGAAAUGAAGUCAACUGCUAGUGAAUGAAAAACAACAGAACAAUACGGCUCGACUGUUCUCCUCAUAGAGUGAAAAAUAUACUAUGGACGGCUCGGAAUUGAAUUAGUUCACGGAGCAUGCAGAACUAACAAUACAGAUGACGAAGUGACUGGGAACACAGAUCAAAUAUAAACAUUUAGACAGAAUAAUCAAAACACUGAAUCCAUUCAAUGAGGCAAUAUAAUCUCUCAUGUUAAAGUCAAUGUGAAUUUGAUGAUGCAAUUUUAUCUUUUUAUAACUUAAUGACGAUGGGAGAUAAUGGCCUCCUUAAUUAAAUAUUUUAUCAUAUAGUGUUCUAAAUUCUUGACACAGCUUUCAGCAGUAAAG